CACUUGAGGAACAGUCUACCCGACCAAGUUGUUGUUCAACGUAUACAAGAGAGACUGUCUGCUUUAGGGAAUACAAUUGCUUGUAAUGAUCAUGUUGCUCUUACACAUACCGAUCUUGACCGGGAAACUGAGGAGCUCAUUGCUGAUGUUCUUGGAGUAGAGGUCUUUAGGCAGACGGUAGCCGGUAAUGUUCUCGUGGGAAGCUACUGUAGCUUCACAAAUAGGGGUGGCUUGGUUCAUCCUCAUACGUCUAUUGAAGAUUUGGACGAACUAUCAACCCUUCUUCAGGUCCCUUUAGUGGCUGGAACUGUGAACCGUGGCAGUGAAGUGAUUGCUGCUGGCUUAACAGCAAAUGACUGGACUGCAUUUUGUGGUUCGGACACCACUGCAACCGAGUUGUCAGUGAUCGAGAGCGUUUUCAAAUUGAGGGAGGCUCAACCAAGUUCCAUUGUUGACGAGAUGAGGAAGUCACUAAUAGAUAGUUACGUUUGAAGUUAUUAUAUCUGCCAUUACACCUGACAUCUUCAAUAUUGCAAAACUCAAUCAAUUAUCUGUAAAGCCAAUUAGAUUCACCCUGGAAAGUCCUUUGACACUUUGCUAAAGAAAACUAGUAGUUUGCUGAAGGUGUGUAAUGUAAAGUCAAGUAUAAAUAAGGUAUUGCAAAGUUUCUAUAGCACUCUUAAAAGUAGUUGGACUUAUCACUGGUUCGUAAUCAAACUGCUCUUUCGUUUGA